AAUCUUUGAAUCACGUGACACAUACAUUGACGAAGGCCAACGAACAACUAACUGGAUUACCAGCGGACGUGUUUCGUAUGAUCGCAGCUCCAUGCUUCCCUCACCAGUCUCAUCCAACCGACGAGGAACCUCCCAGCACCUUCGCACAUUCUCCUCGUCCGACCUCAAACGUGCUCUCAGCCUCCUACGCGCACGAUCAAGGUUCACAAACCUAAGCAUCAUUAUUCUCGGAGGAUGCUUCUGUGUUUCAUUCUUAUACAACCUCGCUUUCAUAUUCUCCUCUUCUUCACCUUCACUGGUAGCUUACACGCCCCCUCAGAGCAUCCUCUCAAUCAUUGCUCGUAAUUCAACUCUGGAAAACUUAUCUCACCUUGUCAUCGUUCCAGGCCACGCAAUUUGGACUGGGACACAGCCUGACCAGGUGCUGGACGAGGACCGGUGGACGUUGGAGGAAUACCAGCGAGGGGGAGGUAGUUAUAGGAUUUCUGCGUUCGUAGAACACAUCAGACGAGGAGUAGAAAUAACGCUACAGGACGAUACGUCCCUACUCAUUUUCAGCGGAGGUCAAACUAGACUGCAGUCGACCACAACAGAAGCAGAAUCUUACAUGCGUCUAGCAAAAAGUCUAGGUCUCUUCCACCCCGACUCAGAACAAACGCACCGCGAGCCCUAUUUCCUUCGUGCAACAACAGAGACCUACGCUCUCGAUUCAUACCAAAACUUUUUAUUCUCGCUGGCUCGUUUUCACGAAAUAACAGGCCGGUACCCCCUACAGGUCACCAUCGUAGGCUACGAAAUGAAGCGCCGUCGUUUCGAAGAGCUUCACCGCACAGCCGUUCGAUUCCCCGCUCAUCAGUUCGAAUACGUUGGCAUCGAGCCCACUGCCAGCGAGGAGGCCGCUCGUAUCGGCGAAGUUAAGAACGGAUACGCACCGUAUAAGCUUGAUUUGUAUGGCUGCCAUGAUUUUCUACUUGCCAAGCGACUCGCGCGGAACCCGUUUUUGCGAUUUCAUUCGUAUCAUACGUCGGCGCCGGAAUUGAGGGGGUUGUUGGAGUGGUGUCCUGAUGAUGCGAGGAUGGUGUAUGAUGGGCCGUUGCCUUGGGACAUUUAUGAAUGAUACAUCAUUGGUUUUGGGAGACCUGUGGGUCAAUUGUAUCCGAGAGCUACUGGGGGACUUGCGCCGAAAUCUUAUUGCUCAGAACGUCAUCACCCAGCUGGUCAUGUCAGCUAAAACGUCGGUGCAAUGUUGGACUGCAACGAUACUUCCCCCCCAAUUAUCGUCUUCGUUUCAACUACGAGAGCAAGGACUUCAGCGAUCACAAGAACUAGAGAAUUUGAAGGCUCUGUUAUGCUAUUAAUGACAUUGACUGUGAAU